AUUCGUGUUUGGGACACAGGUUUGGGAUGUGGUUUGGGACCUCUGGCCUCUGGGACAACUAAAUUCGUGAACACUUGUAAAAUAACAUUAAUUAUUGAUAAAAUUAUAUAUGAUAAGUUUAAAUUAUAAAUAUCGGUAAAAUAAAAUAGCGAAACAUGGCUGAGACUACAGAGAAAGUAGAAAGUAAUUGUGAUGCACGUCGUAGGAUUCUCAACAUAGCUGUAUCAACUGUUCUAUUAGAAACUGGCUUUGAAUCCGCGGAUAAAAUGAGUUUGGAAACAUUAACAGAGAUGCUACAAGCAUUUUUCACUGAAGUUGGAAAUUCUGCCAGAGGCUACUGCGAACUUUCGGGUCGAGUAGAGCCCGUUUUAGGAGAUAUUAUGAUGGCUCUUAUUAAUAUGGGUAUCAAUCUACAAGGACUAGAACAAUAUGCAGCUCGGCCGAACAGACAUGUGAUCCAGCCUCCGCAACAGGCACCAGUUCCUAGGACACCUGCAAUGCUCUCAGCGGGAUCCAAAGCUAAACCCUCACCUCACAUACCAUUCCAUUUACCACCUCUACCAGACCCACAUGCUUAUAUAAGGACUCCGACACAUAAACAACCUGUAACAGAAUAUGAAGCUAUAAGAGAGAAAGCUGCCACACAAAAGAGAGAUAUAGAAAAAGCUUUGACUAAGUUUUUAUCGAAAACAAGUGAAACACACAAUCUAUUCAAUACAGAAGAUAAUCAGGUUUAUCCUUUGAUAGCAUGUAAGCCAACAUUCCCUGCAUAUUUACCAUGCCUGUUACCAACUGAUCAAGUAUUUGAUUUUGAUGAAUUGGAAUAUCACUUCCAAGUUGCUAAUCGAACUGAAGACUUGCCAGCUGAUAAGAAAGACCAAUCUGAUAAUGAAGGUGAAAUUGGAGGGGACAAUGAAAAUGCAAAUAAUUCCCAAUCAGAAAAUCCUGAUAUAACUGGCAUUUCAAGUCCAGAUAGAAAUAAAUCUGGAGGUUAAUUUGUAACUGUUAUUUUUAGAUAAGGUUAAAUAUAAUGUUAAGACAAAACCAAUAUAUUUUAAGACAAUA